UUAUGUACCCGAUAACCCGCAAAAGAAACCGACAACCCAUUAACAAAACCUCUCUCUCUCUCCCUCCCUCGUUCUCGGCCUCGCCCUCGGGGUUCUAUUUUCCGCCAUUAACGACCUUUGAGGACUGACAUUUUCAAUUUGUUCGACGCUAACAUAUUGCCGGGAAAACAACGAACUGAGGGGUCCAAAGUCCAAACCAUCGUAGUCUCUCCCUUAUCUUGUAGAGGUAUUUGAUAGUUGCAUGGAGCAGAAGCACUUUCGGCUGCAGGGAAGCAGCGAGAUGUUGAAGAGUCAAAAGUCUCAAAGAAUUGAUGGAUCUAGAAAGUGUUUAUGUAAAUUAUGGAUAUUGGAGACAUAAAUAUUCAUAAUAUUAUAAAACUAUAUACGACAAACCCCAACAUGCAAACUAACAUAAUUAAAUAAAGACAAUAUUUUCAAACCACGGUGCAUAAGAAGUUGCAAAACUACAUUGUAACUUCUUUUUUAUUCAAUUAGUAAUAAUAAAUUCUUAGGCAUAUCAUAUGAACCAUGGCCCUUGUAAAAGUAUUUUGAAGAUUAUUAAGUGGGGUUUGUGGUGCCAAGAGUGGGUUUCUCUUGUGAUUGAGUGGUUAUCAAGUUUAUUUGCAAGAAGUGCCGAGGUUUUCAGUGGAAGCGCCACCUAAUAAAGAGUUUUGUGUAACUAAGAUUAUUAAAAGUGAUGGAUUUGGCUUCUCCAGAGAAAGGAUUUGAAAUAGCAAGCAAUCUUGAGAAAGAAGACGGAUCUGCUCUGGUUGGAACAUUAGACCUUAAUUUUGCAGCUGAUAAAGAUGUAAAGGCUGAAGAGUGUGUUUAUACAAACUUAGCAAUGAAUGAUAAAACUUUAGUUGAUCUAAACGAUGAGGAGCAACAUGGGUCCCCCUCACUGCAUGCUAAUUUAAGAUAUGGGAAUGCAGAAUCUCCUUAUAAUGACUAUUAUUCUCCUGCAACCUCUGAAUUUCAUCAUGAUGUUUCAGUAAAAACUGAGAAUUCUGCCCCUUCAAAGGAAUUUGCUUUACCAAUGGUUGCAAACCAAAGAGAGGAGAUGGAGGACAGUUCUGAUACAGAUAGACCAUUCUCAUCUCCCCAAAAUGCAAAAGAAAACGAAUUCUUUUCAGGGAAGUCACAGCAUGAGUUUGAUAGAUCUGAAUGUGAGGACAAAGAGGAGGUAGCUAUUAAUUGCCAGGUGGAAAAAGUGUUGUCUUCUCCAAUGUCACAACAUGUUGAUAAAGAUUCUAAUAGUGAAAAUGAUCACUUCUCCAAAAUGUCCCCAUCUCAGAGUGGAAAGUUUGACAUGCUCCAUUCUAGCCAGCAGUGUCCUUGUAGACCACUCGAACAUUCAAUUUCACCUUCGACAGCAAGACAAGCAUCAGUUUCACCUGAGAGGUCUCCUUACACACAUCAGUCUCCCAGUGGUCCAUCAUAUUCACCUAGAUUGUGUGGGCAGAACCAUUCUUCUUUGCCUGAGAGAUCUGAUCUUAGUAAAGCUGUUUCCUCCCUUGAUCAAUUGUUACCGUCUGGUAGGUGGACUUCUGCUUCUCCCCACAAUUCUCUGCAAGGUUGUGAGCAGAAGGAUGGUCAUUAUUCUCCGAAGCACAUAACUGGAUCACCAAGAACCCACCAUUCAUCUCCAAAGCAUCGAAGAAGGAAAAGGUCAGUGUCUCGGUCCCCUGUUGGACGAAGGGAUUCCUCUUCUGGGCACAAAAGAGAUUAUCAUGAUCGAUCUCGAUCGCGGUCUCCCUACAGAAGAGAUCAUCGCAGAAGAUCCCCAAGAAGGUAUUCUCCAAGGCACAGAUCUCCAUUAGUUUAUCAUUCUCGCCAUCGAUCUCCAAGACGCAGACCAUGGUCACCACCUCGUAAUAGGAGUACUGGAUUGGGGAAACCUGGGAAAAAUUUAUUUGUUGCAGGAUUCAGCUUUUUGACUACAGAAAAAGAUUUGGAGAGGAAGUUCUCGAAGUUUGGUCGUGUAAGGGAUGUUCGUAUUGUUCGGGAUAAGAGGUCGGGAGAUUCUCGUGGUUUUGGUUUCUUAUCCUUGCAAAGGGAUGAAGAGGCAGAUGCAGCAAUCAGGGCUCUUGAUGAGACUGAGUGGAAUGGUCGGAUUAUUCUUGUGGAGAAGUCAAAAACUUCAGGGCGUUAAAGCUUUAUGUUCUGGUUGCCUAAUCCAAAUUAGUUAUUGAGUUCAAAAUUUGAUGCAACUUCGCUAUGUUGCUAAAACUGGUUUUUCUUUUUCAACUAUGUAAAACCAUUGCUAUCGAUGAUGACAUGAAAUGGUUUAUAAAGAUACCUGGUAAUGAAUGCCUGGGAAAAGAUAGUUUAGCAUCAGGAUUUUGAUGUUAUGUUUUAUUGUAUGUGCUUUCUCAAUAUCUUAAAGUUGGGACAUUUAAAUUCUGUUGUAUUUUUUCAUUAAUGACUACAGUGUUCAAGGGAAUCUUGUUACCGACUA